UCUAUAUACAAAACUUCUGACGCAAACUUCAUUGGCGGUCUUUUACUUUUUCAUUCAUUCGCUCUUCCAAAUUUCAUUUCAAUUUUAUAGAAAAUGGCUACCGAAAAUUUGGUGACUGAGCAAUUUCAAUUACUAGGUAUAGAUGUUGAAAAAGAAGUUUUGACAAAAUGUGUAAGUUUGUGUGAAGAUUUUGAUGUCGACGCGGAAACUUUCAUCGAACAAUGGAUGGCAUUCAGUUUGAAUUAUUUAAACAGCGCACCACCAACGUUGGAAAACUUAGAUGCAUUUACAAGAAAGGAAUUUUCCAAGCGGGCGUCAAGCCGCACCAACGCGGCCGCUAAAGAAGCUUCUGUAUCAAUUACCGGCUCUAGUUUGACGGUCUACGGGACGCCCAUUUCUAUUCAAUCAGAUAAUAAUGUUCUUUCAAAUUACAUGACAGCAACUCCAAAGAGAGUAAAGCUAGAAACAGAAGCAAUAUCUACACCUCAAAAUGAACUGCAUCCAGCUACAUAUUCACCAACCACUGGACGUUCACUUAAAUACUCGUCGCGACCGAAUCCAGGCUCAGUUGUACACUCGUACGGUGAAGAAAAACAAUUAGAACUAUUUUCUCGGACUAAUGACCUCAAUGAUUUAUCGAAUCUCAAUAUUGUACAAAUAUCAAAUGACGUCGGUGAUUUGUAUACAAAAGCUAUGUUUGGUUUUGAAAUGCUACAAGAAAAAGCAAGUAUUUUUGAUAGUCACAUAACUUAUUUGUCUAAAUGUAUAAUGAAAAAGGCUGACAUAACAGAAUCUACCUCUACAAGACAUAAAACACAGAUUGUGGUAACAGUAGCAGGAAGAAUAGAAUGCGAUGCUGACGCCAGACUCAACCCUAAAUCAGUCGUACUUCAAGGGACAUGGGAAGAGUCGCUCAGCCAAGCAGUACCUGUCGAUAUUGAUAAUGUGAAACAGUAUUCGUUGUUUCCCGGACAAGUGGUGGUAAUGCGAGGCAUCAACCCUCGUGGAGAUCAGUUUAUUGCACACGAAAUUUUAUCUGACGCUUCAAAACCGGUACCCGAUCCCAAAGCUGAUAUGAUGAACACGUUAGAAGGUACUUUAUCUAUGGUGAUGGCAGCGGGACCGUACACGACUUCGGAUAAUAUGACUUACGAGCCAUUAAAAGACUUCAUCACAUACAUUGGCACACAUAGGCCGCACGUGGUGAUCAUGACUGGGCCCUUCAUGGAUGUAGAACAUUCCAAAAUUAAAGAUAAUUCUAUGGCGGAGACAUACAAAUCAUAUUUUGAAAAGUUAAUAGAUAAUUUAGCAGAAUUAAAUACAACCAGUCCAUAUACAAAGAUAUAUAUCGUAUCAAGCUUGAAAGACGUUUUUCACGUGAACAUCUACCCAACGCCGCCAUACUCAACUCGACGGAAAUACCACAACAUACACUUCUUACCAGACCCAUGUACGCUCAACAUCAACGGUGUCGUGGUGGGCCUCACCAGUACCGACGUCCUUAUGAACAUAAGUCAAGAAGAAAUAUCAUUUGGCCCGGUGGGCGACAAGCUGUCACGGCUGUGUGCACACGUGGUGCAACAGCAGUGCUGGGCACCGCUGUGGCCGCCGCCGGCCGCGCAGCCCUGCGACGCCGCGCUCUGGGCCGCGCACGCGCACCUGCCCUGCACACCGCACCUUAUGUUGCUACCGUCCAACUUCAGAUAUUUUGUCAAGGAAGUGUAUGGAUGCGUGAUGGUGAACCCGGAGCAUCUAACCAAAGGCCUGGGCGGCGGUACCUUCGCUCGCGUAUUGAUCGCCGGUGGAUCCCGUCCCUCUGAGUUUAUUAGUGCACAAAUAAUACGUAUUUGAAGGUACAAAUUAAAAUGUUCUUAUACUA